GGCCAUUGGACCAGAAUAACUGAACCAGUAGGAGGCAGGCUUUCUUAUAAACCCCCAAUCUAUGACAUAAAUGCACCGGACCUGUACAUUCCAUUUAUGGCGUUUGGUACCUAUGUGGUACUAGCUGGCUUCUCAUUGGGUCUUCAAGGAAAGUUUAGUCCUGAAGCUCUAAACUGGUUGUUUAUCAAGGGAUUGCUUGGCUGGUUUAUGCAAGUUGCACUACUGAAAGUAACAUUGCUUUCCUUGGGUGGUGGUGAGGCACCAUUGCUGGACAUGGUGGCGUAUGCUGGCUAUGCUUUCACAGGGUUGUGCUUGGCCGUACUUGGACGGAUUGUGUUGAGUUACUCGUACUAUUUUUUGAUGCCUUGGACCUGUUUAUGCAUGGGAGUUUUUUUGGUGAAGACUAUGAAAAGAGUCCUUUUUGCAGAGGUGAGGAGCUAUGAUUCAAGCAAGCAUCACUAUCUUUUGCUCUUUAUUGCUUUGGCACAGUUCCCUCUUUUUACAUGGCUUGGCAACGUUAGUGUUAAUUGGCUUAUAUAAGACAGCUAAUUUUGUAUGAGAUAGAACCAAUUCUUGUUUAUAGCAGUUUCUGAAAUCUUGUAUACAAUUUUCUUUGUAUUAAAUUCGAUCCACGACUUUUGCUCCCGCAUUAAAGUAGUUUACUUGGAAAUUCGUCACUGAAGGACAGAGAUAUCAUUCUA